CUGUACUUUUACAGACCGUAAAAAAACGUGCAGCUUAAAUGAUGAUGACGAUGCUGUGUCAACUUUGAACUGCCGCUGCUACAAAAACACUGCUGCUAGUAUGAAAACACAUACAGCUACAGCUAUAACUGCUGGCAUAUGCAAGGUUAUAUAAAGAGCAAAUUCUACUUUACACACACACACAAUGUCAAUGAAAUGAAAUUAAAUGAUAUGUAACGCAACCAAAAUAAAUAUUUAAAAAAACGAACUGAAAAAAACUCGAACGCAAACAAAUACGUAAAUAAAAUAAUAGUAAAAAAAAACUAUAAAAGAAAAAGUGCAAACUCAGGCUGCGCACAGGAUGCACAUGACCACAGCUGAAAAAUAGCAACAACUUUAAAAAUAUUUUAAUAAAAAUUAAAAAAAAACAUUAAAUACAAUUUUUAUAAUAAAAAACUCGCAUAACUUAAGGUACCAAAGUUUUUAAAACGACCAUUUUUGUAAAAUUAAGUUAAAACUGUAAAUAGUUAAAUUUCUUUAAGUAAAGGUGCCUAAUGUAGCAGGAGCUUUUUUUCGUUUAAAAUUACAAAAAACCAAAGAAACCGACAACAAAGUUCAAUUAUUUAAAAUUAAGCCAAAGUAACUUUUGUGAUUUAACUAUAUAACUUAUUAAAAAGAAAAAAGUAACAAUAAUACUACAGGGAUCUUAAUUAAUUUUAAAGAAAAAAUCUACUGCAACUUAACUAAAACUACUACAAGGAUUAUAAACUACUACCAAACAACAACUACAGCUACCAUUGAAAAGAUAUCAAUAUAUAACUAUAGCAGAGUGCGGUAUUCAAAGUUUCUAAAGUAACUUAAACAAAACACAAAACAGCAUAAUAUAGAUCGCAAACUAUUCGUUGGCAUGUUGAGUAAACAACAAACCGAAGAGGAUGUUAGACAAAUUUUUAAUCCCUUUGGCACUAUAGAGGAGUGUACCAUACUCAGAGGUCCAGACGGUGCUAGCAAGGGUUGUGCUUUUGUGAAAUUUAGUUCGCAGCAAGAGGCUCAAUCAGCCAUUACUAAUCUACACGGCAGUCAAACUAUGCCGGGUGCUUCCUCUAGUCUGGUAGUUAAAUUUGCUGAUACUGAAAAAGAAAGGCAAAUACGGCGUAUGCAACAAAUGGCCGGUCAUAUGAAUCUGCUUAAUCCAUUUGUCUUUAAUCAAUUUGGUCCAUAUGGAGCUUAUGCGCAGCAACAACAAGCUGCUUUAAUGGCUGCCGCUGCCACAGCCCCUGGUUCAUAUAUGAAUCCCAUGACUGCUUUGGCCACUCAAAUACCUCCAGGCAUUAAUGGUGCUGGUCAGCCAUCGUUACCCUCACCGACCAUGCCCAAUUUUCAAAUGGGUGCCCAGACACCAAAUGGCCAGCCUGGCAGUGCUGCUGCUGCCGCCGCUGCUGCAGCUGCGGCUGAUGGUGUCUUUACAAAUGGGAUGCCACCACAGACACCAUUCCCAGGACUUUUGGUACAACUUGCAGCACCUCUACAUUUAACUAUACCACCCCAAGGCCUGCCAAAUGGUGAAGCAGCUGCUUUACAACAUGCCUUUGCCACUGGCAUGCCACCAUUCCCUGGAGUUGCCUUUCCCGCCGUUUAUGGACAUAUUCCACAAGCUUUACCACCACCAAUAGCGGCGGUUGCACCCGCUCCACGUGAAGAUUUUCUGAUGUUCCCAGGAUGUUCGAUUUCGGGUCCCGAGGGCUGUAAUCUCUUCAUAUAUCAUUUGCCACAAGAAUUUGGUGAUGCUGAGCUCAUGCAAAUGUUCCUGCCAUUUGGCAAUGUGAUCAGUUCGAAAGUAUUUAUAGAUCGUGCUACAAAUCAAAGCAAAUGUUUUGGUUUCGUUUCAUUUGAUAAUCCUGCCAGCGCUCAAGCGGCCAUUCAGGCCAUGAAUGGUUUUCAGAUUGGCAUGAAAAGACUGAAGGUACAAUUGAAACGGCCCAAAGAUGCCAGUCGACCCUAUUAACAAUCGGAGUUCCUUCAAAUGUUACAUUAUUUUCACAGUUCUUUAAAUCUACAAACAUUCACUAAAUUAUUUAUGCAAUUUUAUGUUUUACAAAUUGAUUCCUCCUCCUCUUCUUCAUCAUCAUCAUCUUCAACAUCAUCAUCGUCAUCCUCCUCUACUUCUUCGACUACUAAUUCAACUACUAUUAAUCCUCUUAUUACUCAACAACAACCCCGCCUUUAUCAUCACAAUAAUUUGCUUCCCUGGCAACGUUAGAACGUCGAUCAAGUUUUCAAAAAAAAAAAAAAAAUGCAAAAAAAAAUUACAAAAAAACAUAAAAAAAUUUAAAAAAAAAAAUUAGAAAAAAAAAAUUACCAAAAAAAAA